CGCUCCUCCUCUCUCCUGCUCGGCUGCGCUCCGCUCGGCCAGAGCCUUCAGUCUGCUGGGUGAGAUCAUUACCAGACACCAAGCUCCGGGACCUGACAUUCACCGAUCGGAAAAGCAGAGAGAGAGAGAGGCACACAGAGAGAGAGAGAGAGCUAAAGCAGAGGGAAGAAAAAACCCAGAUCCAGUGCAACCAGCGACGACAACAGCGAACCUGAAGCAGCGCCUCACAUGCUCCGGACUGACGGCUGAAAGCGCGCGUCUUGUGGCUGAAAUUUUCGCCGCCUCCCCACCUCCAGCUUGGAUUUGGGCUUGUAGUCGGAUGCGGGCUUGUUUUGACUGCAGUAAUAGUCCUACUCCCCCUCCUCCUUCUCCUCCUCCUCCUCCUCCUCCCCCUCUCCUCCUCCCCUACCAGCCGAGUAGCGGAUUUGCGAGGGAUCUCAGCGCCGCGCAGCUCCCCGAGUGACCAACGAUCCCGCAAAAAAAAAAAAGAAAAGAACCGGAGACGCACCGCUCUGCACCGCCGCGGCUUCUAACCACGACACCAGUCAACCCGCCCCGGAGCCUCUCCAGUCAAAAAGAAAACAAAAAAAAGAAGAAGAUCUGGCGAGGAAUUGGACGCAAGCGCCAAGUUUCCGAUUUGGAUUUUUUUCUUCCUUUUUUGCUUUCCUCCCCCCCGUGCGGCUACCUUGAUUCUGUCAUCAGAUCGGCUGCAAAUCCUAUUUUCUCCUCUUUUUUUCUCCCCCCUCUCUCUCUCUUUCCAAAGCACCGCUGACGCCAUUUUCCUCGGGGUUUUCUGUCAAAAAAUAUCUAUAUACAUAUAUUCCGGCACCGUUUGACAGCUCCACAGGAGGCUGUCAUCCCAUCCGUCGCUUGCGUAAAAUGUGUCCAAAUGGAUUGUAAAUGAUCUUGAUAAAAUAUUUACGCGUUCGAGCCGAGUGUGUGACAACAUUAGACAUGGACUGUCCCUGGCUUCGCUGUGUUCCUGUGGGACAACCAGCCCAACCCCAGUAGCUGAUUGACAACAACCAACCAGCCCGACAGACUACUGCUCUCUAUCUUCCUAUUGGCUGGCUGCCACAGCUUCGCCCAUCCUGAUUGGCUCUGGCGGGAGCGUGGAUGGAGCCAAGGGAUCUGGUUGGCUCAGCCCGACCCAAAGAGGCGGACCUUAAGGGAGGUAGGGCGGGGCCCAAUGAAGAGGACCAAGAAGGAGCAGGAAGCACCGGGUUGGUGCGCGGUGAUGAUGUGAUUAACGGUGCCAUCAGUGAAGGGGAGGGGCUAGAGGAGCAGGGGGAGGGGCUUAUGGAGGAACAGGAGUUCUCCAUCAAGGAAGCAAGUUUCAAGGAAGGAAGUUUAAAGCUGAAGAUUCAGACCACCAAGCGCACCAAGAAGCCCCCCAAGAGCCUUGAGAACUACAUUUGCCCACCUGAGAUCAGGAUGACCAUCAGGCCUCCGAUGGGAGAGGGCAAAGGGGGACGACAGGGACGAACGGGAGGCGGGGCCGGAGCAGGACGGGCCCCGAAGGACGAAGAACGAGGACCCCCCAGAAAAAGGACAUACGAGCGCCAGUUCAGAAUGCCAGAGCAGAGAGAGGGAGGCCUGCUACAACUACUGGGAGAUCACACUCCACCCAAACACCAGCUUCGCAGCUCCCUUCUUCCUGCACACGCACCCUCACACACCCAGCAAACACAGCACACACUCGCGCAAAAAUUCCAACAUACUCACGCACACCAACACCAAAUCAGUCCAGACUGGAUCACGUCUACAGCACCUUCUGCAUCCCCAGCCCAUCCUGCAGAUUCUGAGCCAGCCAGAGAUUUGGCAGGAGCCAGUAGAAGCUCUUUGCUAGAUCCAACCCAACCUUUCUCACGAACAGCAACACAGAGUCCCUCACCGCAGAGAUCCUUGACUCCAGACCUGCAGCUGCCAGUGGUUACAGAUGCCAGUAUUCUCAACCUGACCUCCCUCAGCAGGGGGAGGGGUUUGCAAGAGGUCAGUGAACAGCUCUUUGGGAACAUCAAAAGGAAGUACGGCAGGAAGGAUUCCCAGAGGAUGCUCUGCAAUCCCCACGGUGCUGAUACACUUUGGGGAAGACAGCCAGAGAAAGGCUCAGAAAGCCCAACUAAUUCAGAGGAGAGGCAGAAGUACAGACAAGAGGAGACUUCUGAGCGGUUCCAUGAAGAAAGAGAGGAAAGGAGAAAAGAGGAACGAGAGCGAAUGGUUGCUGGGAGGAAAGGAGAUGAAGAAGACAGAGGGAUGCCCAUGCUGGCAGAGGAAGGGAAAGGAAGAAAGAGGCGAAGGAGGCCUUCUUUUGACGAGUCAUUUUCUCGAGAGGAGCAAUCACAGCAACGGACUCUGGACUCUGAUACUACAGAGAAGCACCAGCCCGGGCCCCCAGAACCCAAAGUAGCACAUAAGAGAGACAUAAUAGAGACUCACAAAAAUGAUUCUCGACUCACAAGUCAGGCUGACAUCAGUGGAGAGAGGAUAGAAAAAGCAGAGAGAGCAGAAAAAGGUGAUAAAAGAGAAAAAGGAGAGAGAGUAGACAGGACAGAACGAGGAGAAAUGGCUACAAGUGGGCCUGACCACGAGUCCGAUUUGAGUGCAAAUAGAAUAAAAAAGAACCCUGUGGGUCGUGCUAAGAUAGGGGCAGACACCCUUAAACUCAGAGAGUCUCACAAUCACAUCAACAAAGCCAAUCUUAACAUGAACCCCAGACUCCCUAGUCCAAACCCCAGCCCCAGCCCCAGGGGUAGCAUUAGUCCUACCCCCAGCCCUAAACCCAGGCCAAACAUUAGCCCCAGUCCAAGUCCUAAAUCCAGGACAGACCUGAGUCCUAGCCCUAGCCACAGCACCAGCUCCCCAGCUAGUUCUAGACCCACUAAGGCCAGUGACAGAUGGUCCUACCUGAAAGCUAAAAGCCAUGCCAGCCUCACAUCUCCCCAGAGAGACAACUUAGGAAGCCCCUCAACAUUGGCUGAGCCACCCUCUGCUUUCCCCAUCACCCCCUCUAGUCCACUCUACACCAACACUGACAGCCUAACUGUCCACACCCCCAUCAAGAGGAAACGAGGACGCCCCAAGAAGCAGCCACUGCUAACAGUGGAGACCAUUCAUGAGGGCACAUCCACCUCACCUCCCAGCCCACUGGCACAGGAAAGCACUGCAGGGCUGAACCGUAGGAGAAAGACGCACACACUAAACCCAUUAGCGCAAAUGGCCUCCACAACAACCAACACCAGUUCCAGUAGUCUGAAACUAAAGCGUGGCAGGGGCCAUUCCAGGCCAGUCAAUAAGAUGAAGCUUGGGAAAAUGCAAAGCAUCCUUAAUGAGAUCCUUUCAGGAUCCAGCCAGAAUGGCACUCUGGCUCUGAAGUCAUCCUCUGCCCCUGUUACCACCGCUAUGAGUGCCAUGGCGUCCACCAUUGAGGCACGGUUGGGAAAACAGAUAAAUGUCAGCAAGAGAGGAACCAUAUACAUUGGGAAGAAGAGAGGGCGGAAACCCAGAGCAGAAACCCAAGGUUCUAACCUUUCUAAGACCACUAAAGACAAGCCACCAAUAUCUGUCUCCACAUCCAGUCUCUACGAAAGCCCUGCAGUGCCUUCCGCCACAUCAUCUCCCAGUUCUACUGUUCCAUCAAUAAGAGCCGCCCACUCUGAUGCCACUAUGCCCAGUUUGCAGCCCAUCUCAGCCCUGCCCUCCAAACCAGCAGGCAGAGGCUUUCUCUCUGGAGGAUGGAAACUGUCUCCUCCACGCCUUUUGGCUAAUUCACCUUCCCACCUGUCAGAGGGUGCCUCAGUGAAGGAGGUGACCCUGUCCCCGAUCAGUGAGUCUCACAGUGAGGAGACUAUUCCCAGUGACAGUGGGAUUGGCACAGACAACAACAGCACCUCAGAUCAAACUGAGAAGGGUCAUGCCUCUAGACGCAGGUACUCCUUUGAUCUGUGUGGGUUUGAGGCUGCAGAGGCAGCAGCUCUGGAAGCAUCCAACAGGGGCAGCCGAGCACGCUGUGAACGGCAAGUAACUGCCGUUGAUAACUUUCUGUCACAGCAGGAAAAGAAGCAAAAACAUCAUCGGCGGAAGAGAAAGUGUUUGCAGAGCCGGGAUCAUCUACAUUUUCUUUCUGAACUGGAGGAGGUUGUGGUAAAGCUCCAGCAGCUGCGAGUGUCUCACAGACGAUUCACCUGCUACCCCCAGCAUCCAUAUCCUUCCAUUUUCCGCCUCAACUUCCAUCAUUACUACCCCAUUACCUACGACUCCUACCCCUGUGACUCCAGCUCAUACCUCCGCAGGAGUGCCGAUCUGAAGGCGAAAAGGAGACGCGGUCGUCCAGCCAAAACCAGCGAGCCAAUCACAUCGAAGCUGCCUUUUGUUCAAGGAUAUGGUUAUCCGCUGGCAGGGGGAAAUUACUAUGCAGCACCGUAUGCGAUGCCUUACGCACCUCCUCUGAGUCUGGGCUACUUUCCCCCUGCUCCACCAUUUUACCUGCCCCAUCACUCAUUAGGACCUGCACCUCCAUCUCCCUUCAUGAGGCCUGCUGUCCCCCCUCCCAAGGCCUUCCACUCCAGUGGACUGUCAAAACUACAGCCGGGUGCCAAGCUUCGCAGCGCCAGCGGUCCCCUCCAGGGGCCCUCUGUCAGAGGAGAGGGCCUUGGAUCUCUGGGUAGCGGCAGUGCAGGUGGUCUUGCGGGGGUUCGUCUCCAUAAGAAGAAGCACAAGCAUAAACAUAAGCACAAGGAUGAACCCCUCCUUUCAUCACGAGAUCGGCAGGAGUUGGGCGGACUUUUCAGUGGAGCUAAGACCAAUGCACGCCUUAACAUGCUGAGUGAGAGGAGGGACUUCGCCAGUCAGGGUUCUUCAAAGCAUCUAGAGAAGCAGAGGGGGAAUGGUAGAGGCUCAGGCCUGGGAUCCAGCUUAGGGAUUUUUGAGUCAGACCAGCUGUCCACACACUCUCUUGCUGACAGUCAGUUCCACUCCCGUCAGACUGGACAGCCAAUAAAGAGCUUCAUGAGCAGCUACAGUAGCCAAUCGCAGCGGUCGGAGUCAGCUUCUGACCUGUUUUUGGGGUCACGGGAGGACGACUGUGGUGGGAGGAACAGGAGGACGAGGCUCACUGUGUUUGGAGAUCAGGGCUUAAUGUCAUUCCAAACUGCCAGGCAGGAGCCAGGACAGAUGAACGAGUGUCCCAGUCCAUCGCUCACUGGUGUUCCCAGUAAGCGGAGGUAUAAACGUCGUGAGGUGGAACAGAUCCAGAAGGACGUUAGGAGGAUGCAUUCUUUGAACUUUGAGCAUGUGCAGAAGAUCCUCCGUGCCAAACGCCUGCAGCGACAAGCCAAAACGGGAAACAAUGUCAUCAAAAGACGGCCCGGACGGCCCCGAAAACAACCCUUAGAGGAAUCAGAGCCGACCAACAGGAGGGAGGAAGAAUGGGCUGAUGGUCGAAGUUUGGACAUGUUGGCCAGUAGGAGAGGUGAUGGAAGGACUCUGGGGAUGCCUGUCCUGGAGAGGUGUGAUAACCUGCCAGGUAGGCAGAGCCUCAGGCCCAGCUUGACCCCCGAGCCUCUGGAGUUCUCCAAUCACGAUUCCAUCUCAGCAACUAUCGAGACUGUGGUGCAUCAAGCGCGAUCUGUGCUUCCACAGGCUAAAGUGGGGAAACGCAGAGGCAGGGGCCACAGCAGGGACGAAUUAUGGGCUCCUACCAGUCAAUAGACCUGCGGGAGGAAGCAACUCCAGAACCGAACGGAGAGCAGUUAAAGGAGUCAGUGCUGUUUAAAGCCUCCUUGGUGCACUUUGACUUGUUUCUCCUCUCUAAUUUGUUGUGAGGAAUACAGUGGGUUAGCGGUGGAGCAGCGGGAGGAAGAACAGUCCCUUGAUUUGCUCAACCCAACCAGACAUGGGCCUUUCAAAGAUUCAUUGGACCUUCAUUUACAAUGGCACUAUAUGGUACUAUUUGAUACUGAAUCUGAUGCUAUAAAAGUGUGUGGUACUUAUGAUAGUGUAGGAUAUUAUGUGAUUCUUUAUGUAUCUGAUACAGUGAUGUGUAUGGUACUUUAUGAUACUGUAUCUGAAUGUGGCUUUAGCCAUAUAUUUACCAGCAAGGGGAGGGGGAAUGGUUAAUAUAAAACUGUGCAGCUCUGCUUAUUUUUGCCUUUCUGAGGAAGCUUGUCAAAGACGUGUGGGAUGAUACUUCUAUAAUUAAGCCACCUUACCCCGACACUUAUCCCUGUUUUUGCUCCCACCCAUCUGUACCUUUCCAGUUUUCUUGCCCUCUCUGACAAGUAACGGAUACUUCCUGGCAGCUCCUCACCCGUGGUCCCCCUCCCUGCUUGACACUCACCCCAAUUCUUCAGUUCUCCCUGGUGCCUGCCGCUCAACUUCAUCUCCCUUUGUCCUCUCAUCUGCUCCCACUAAUGUUUUACAUCUCCUAUUGCUUGAGCUCCCUCGAUCUGCCCUCCGUGUCAUUUAUUUCUCCCUCCCUGCUCAGGCCUCUCCUGGGCAGUGACAUAAAGGCAAUAUGGUGGAUGAGACUGUCCCAGACUGUACAUAGAAACAAAGUCCACUGUUGCCUGCCUUGUACAAUGGGAAACCAGCUCAUAGAUGUGUACUGGCAUACGGUAUAUUAAAUAGAAUUGUUGUACCAUAGACAAUGAAAGUGUGUAUUGUUUUAUAACCAAAAACAGAAAUGGGUGUGACUCAAGACAAGUUUGUUUUCAGACAGAAAGAACCACAUGUAUUCAUUCAUACAGUCAUUAUUGUGUUUAUAUCCAGGGGGCAUUGCAUACAGGAGGAAUAUCAGGUGUGUUUUUGGUAAACCUUAAAAUUGGUUUAAUGCACUAUUAAAAACCAUACACUUGCAUCAAUCAAAUGCAGCACUUACAUGCUUGUUCCAGCCUUAUGUUUUGGCAUUCGAUGGUGUGGAUAUCCAUUCCAGAGAGCAUGCAUUAUUUUAAUCAAUUUGUAUAUGCAGGCUGCGCAGCCAAAAGCGUCAAACUGAAGCCCAAGUCUGAAUCACGAUUGGACAGUUCAGCUGAAGAGGGCUCACAUCCAGUGUUUUGAAAAGCUAAUCCCAGUCUUUCUACUUAACAUGAUUUUCGAUCCAGAUCCUAUUUUUGGAAAUGAAAUCCAGUAUUUAGAUUUAGAAACCAAAGUCCCAGUAUUCAGUGUAAGGAUGUAUUAUUUAAAAGUAUCUAAAUCAGAGUUUGACAAACUCUCCACCAUGUUGGCACCAAUGUAAAGCAUUCCUAUGUGCACUGUAGAAUGUAGCCAUCUUGGAUUUUUUUGUGUCAAUGUGCUAAGCCUUUGUUAAACUCUGUCUACGGUAUCUGUGGCUUUGGGUAGUGGUUGGUAUUUUCUCGAAUAAGUAUUUCAGAAUAUAAGCAAUGGAUCAGUGUUUGUUUGGCAACUCUGUUGAAGUUUUGUUUCAGGAGAUUCCGUUUUCUUUGGGCGGGGUGGGAUUCUCAGUUGCAGCAGUUCAACUUGUGCCUUAUGUUUCUUUCUCUCACCAACUACAUUUGACCUGUAUAAUAUGAAGUGGCAAAGAGUGCCCCAGAAAGUGACCCAAAAUAUUCAUGAUUGUGCAUAUGACACAUGUGUCUUAGUCAUCAGAACCCUGACACUGCCUGUGUCCCUUCACUGCUUCCAUAGUCAGCAUCCUCUGUCAGCAGGCACUGAGUCCGUCUCCCAGCUUCCUCCUAGUCUUCUGACCAAUAUCAACAUAGCAGAGCUAGAGGGGCUGGAUUGAUGAAGAGAUUAUAUUACUGUAUUAAAUACCCAUCACAUACUGACCUACGUACUGCUGUAGCAGCAGUGAAAGAAGCAGAAAGGUUCAUUGUAUGAGAUGUGUUUCUUCCAGUGAUAUUGAUUGUACUCAAUGUCUUAGAUAUAUCUAACUGAAGAUCAUUUCCUCUGCCCAGUACCUAAUGGGUUAUUGACAACAUAUAACUGGUUAUAUACUUGGCAAAAGAGGAACAGAGGAGGUUGGCAUGGAAACCACUUUCACAUACAUUGUUGUUUGCUAUGCAUCAGGCCAUGCCUGGCAAUGACCUUAAAAGGAAUUUCUGUUCUGGGUCCACCCUUCAACAAAGAGAAAUAAGUGGUCUUAUUUACUGAAUAAAAUGAAUUCAUGUAAGAAGAAUUGUGAAUAAUACCAGUAAUAAUUUGUAAUAAGUUGUGCAGAAAGUGACUAUCAUUUCAUGAAAACUAUAGUUACUGCAACUCUAUGCAGUACAGCCUUAACCAGAUGUAAAACUACAGUAUUGACGUGUUUGUUGUAAAUAGUGUUAGUAUGUCCAUCCUACAUGGAUAACGGUUGGGCUCAGCUACGCUGGGACUGUCUCCCAAAACCACAGUAGACCUUCUAUCUCUAUCAAGACUGCUCAAGACCCAAGAAAACGUGCAGAAACGACUACCCUAGCUGAUCUUCAUAUUUGAUAAAUUCUACUGCACAUUGACAGCCAUUGUUCCAGCCCAUGAAAUUAUACAGAAUGCUAAAAGAAUUUGCCUUACCACACCUUUGAGAGUUCUUGGAGGAUAUAAGCCCCACUGUAGUGUACUCAACCAAAAAUAGGAAUCCCGGCUGACUUGUAGCUACUUUGCCUGCAGCUAGUUGGGGCAGUGCUGUAGCAUGAAGAGUAAGCAAGAGGGUUGUGUGUUGGGGGAGUUCUCAGAGGAAAUAGCCAAAAAUACACUCGUCCUAACGUUAGUGUGCUUAACCUUGCUUUACUAGGUGACUUUCAGUGGGUCUGCACCAGUCUGUUGCGGUGAAGAUGAGGUCUAGAUAUGGGGACUGUGAGGUGUAGAGACUACACACUUGGCAGCUUACUCCUCCGUACUGUGGUCAGUCAGCGGUCUCUGAUGCGAGAGUUAAAGACCCCAGGUGUUGUCUGUCCUGUCUGUCUCUCCUACCAGCCAAUGCUCCGGUGCCUUCUAACACUGACAAGUAUUGUCCUAAUCCAGAGCUUUCACUCUACACAGAGACUGCAGAGGGGAUGUGGCUGUGAAUAGGGUUCAAGGUCACUGUUGUUGUAAUGUGUUUAGCAGCCAAUCUGGACCAGUGGCUGCAGUGACGCCCCUGAACAAUGAUGUGAGAUUCUUUUACCUUGUCUUUGGUUCUAGCAUCAAGGGCAGUGCAGCAGUGUUUGAUCUUACAUCAGUGGUUGGCGUGGACACACUGUAGUCCACAUUUACCACUUCAACACAGCAACUAGGAUGAGAGAUAAUGGCACCUAAAUUUUGAUCACCCCUCAUUCUCUGUGUAGCACUAAUGAGUGUCCUGCAAACAGAGUGAGGGGUCACGUGAAACAGAGCCUCAUAAAUGUACAUGUAGUCAUCCUCACAGCAUACGUUACCGUUCUAAGCUAUAAUGUUGUUCAAAGCUGAAAGUGCAGAUGAAGCAUUGAGAAAACCAAUAAAUGUACUUCUUUAGAGCACAAAGUGAGCUCUUCUAACAGUGUGGGCAUAUUUUAGUUUGUAUACAUAGUGUAUUUGAACCUUUUUCUAGAGUGGGUUUCCUUUAAUUGCAUGCUCAACUUGAUUGUAUGCAUAAAUAUUUUAGACAAGCCGAAAGUUGAAUUUCAAUUGAAUUUGAAGCAAGACUUGUAUAUUGUUUGAUAUGUUUCUUUUUGUAAUGAAUUUUUUAAUUCAUGAAGCAUUUUUGUACAUUGUAUGAAUAUUAAAAACUGCAAAUAUUUGACAUAUAGAGUAAAUACUAGAUGCGCAUGUAUAUGCAUAUAUCCUUCACAGUAUGUAUGUGUAAAUGUACACAUAUAUUUUGUAUUUGCAUUUGCUGGCAUACAGAUAUAUGUCUUAAGCACAUAUAUACAUGUAAUAUAUAUGUAUAUCCAUGUCUGCUGGCAUGCUUUUGGUCAUGUUUAUCUUUCAUGAUCUUGUAGGUUCAUUUUUUUUUUUAUUUCUCUUUCCUCAAAAAGAAAGGCUCAUUCUUUUGCUACCGUUCUGUUGGCUGGCAGCGUUGAGCACUUAUUAAGAAGAACUACAGUUGAAGUUGUUCAUGUUAUCCAUUGUGUGAAAUAAUAAAUGACUUUAUUGACAGCU